AUGCGUGAAAUCCAUUCGGGAGGGAGGGACAAGGCCAUUAAACUUAUUGAGAAUCAUCAACAAAGAGUGUUGGCACUGCAAGUGUUUGAGUUGCAUAGACUGAUUAAGGUACAAAGAAGGAUGGCUGGGUCACCGCAACUAUUACUUGAAGAUAACCUUUAUUUGGGCAAGCGUUCAACAAAAUCAAACCCUAAAGAUGAUGAAUAUACAGAUGAAAGCGCAGUUGGAAAGUUUCCUCUUCCUUUUGUCAAUAAUGAUAACAGCAAGGGACUUGCUACCCACCAAUCAAAUGGGCUUCAUUUAGCAAAUCCAGCUUUAACUCCUUUGACCACCAGCACCAAACCAGCCCCAUGGUGUUUCCACCCACCACCAGGAAACCAGUGGUUAGUCCCUGCAAUGUCUCCAUCUGAAGGACUUAUUUACAAGCCCUACACGGGGCCAUGUCUUCCAACUUCAGCUUUCAUGUUAAACAUUGUUUACGGUGUUCCGGCUCCCAUUCUUCCGGGCACGCCUCCUUUAGGCCAGACAUACUUUUCACUGUAUGGUCUCCCAGUCAUGAAUCAAUCUGUAUCCAGUUCAGGUGUCGAGGAAACAAGCCCGUUUGCCGGAGCUCAAUCGAAUAGACCAGACAAUCAGUUGAUGAUUGGGGACAUCAACUUUACCAUACCCCAGCAAAAUUCAUGUAACAUGUCCAGCGAGGUAACUCGAGUAAUCUCAUGUCAUGCUGGCAAGUUCCCAGCAUCAAAAGAGAGUGAGUUACAGGGAAGUGCAGCAAGUAGCCCCUCUUACAGGGCUAAAGGAGAUGAUGCACUUCCUCUUUUUCCUACAACACCCACAGCUCACGCAUUAAUGGAUCAAAAUGUGCAAACUAGUGAGAAUCGGACACAAGUUAUUAAGGUUGUACCUCAUAAUCCAAGAUCAGCAACUGAAUCAGCAUUCCGGAUUUUUCGGUCAAUAAAGGAAGAGAGGAAACAAUUAUGAUUAGUAGUUGGCG